CAAGAAGCCAAAGUCCGUGACAGAAAAAACUUGAUUCCUCUUAGCCAGAGUCCACAAAUGUGUGCCACUUCUCUGUAAAGUACAAAGAAAACAGGACAGUCACAGUUUACUAAACAGAACAAUGGAGCCCCAAGAAAACUGGAAUACAUCUGAGAAAUCAAAGUUGUUGCAGCCUGGGCCACCACCGUACCAGGACCAUUCUGGAUACCCUCCUCCAGGGAGCUUCCCGAGCACCUCUGGGUAUCAAGCCCAGCAAUAUGGAGCUUCAGGACCAUACGGCCAAGGACCAUAUCCAGGUCAUCCUGCUGUCACCGUGCAGCCGGCAGUUUAUUUGACCAACAUUCCACUGGCCUAUCCACUGCCAGAUUACCUGGGCUAUUCCAUCUUUACCAUGCUGUGCUGCUGCUUACCUCUGGGCAUUGCUGCUCUAAUUUACUCUAUCAAUACUCGGAAUGCCAACAUGUCCGGACAACAACAAAUAGCAGAGAAAAACUCCAGAAUGGCACGCAUUAUGAACCAUAUUGCUCUUGGUAUUGGUCUUGCCCUUAUUGUGGUGUAUAUUGUCUACUUCGUGGUGGUUGUCAAACAUCAUCAUAAAACAUCUCCAUAACUGUCAGAGAUAUCAUAGCUGGACACCAGGAAUGAGAAGAUAGUGGGCUUUCCAAAAAUAACAAGAUUUAAUAUAUAACCACACUGUGAUUUUUUUUUUUUUCUUUUUUUUUUUUAGACAAACUAAUGUACAUUUUCAUAUGAUUGACUAUGUUUGAUCUGUCUGGCUCAUCUGAUAUGUAAAAUUAUUAAUGUAACUAAAACAUGCUUAAAAGUUGAUUAUCUUAUGUUUCAAAACAACACUGAAAAAAUAGUUCUUUGGCUGAACAUGAUUCAAUCAUGGACAGUGGUUCCACGUGACUGAAAAAAAAAAAAAAAAAAAGAAUCAACCAUGGACAACUAACUAGAAUCAAUUGUGUUCAUUUAACUUGAAUGUAUUGUUUAUAACUUAAAUAAAUGGUUUUCAUUUAAAUUGA